CGGCCGGGCGAGUUUGAGCGACGCACCGCCUCGGCACUAGGCGGGAGGCUUCGCUUUCUUGGCACUCCGCGCUGCUUCGGGACUGGCCGUCAUGCCUGCCAAGAGAGCUCUGAAGCUGGAUAAACCUACUGUGGAGAAAAUGCCAACAACACCUUUAGUGGGCAGCAAGAAAAAUCUCCAGCCUUAUUCACCGACAACAGGAACAUGUCAAAUGAGUCCAUUUUCAAGUCCCAGGAGCAAUAAUGUACAAGAGCACAGAAAUGGCCUAUCAAAUGGAAAGACGACUGAACCAAAAGAUUUGAUCAGAUCAUCGAGAAAGGCACAACCCCAAACAGAAGCAAGUGACAUGAUCAAAUCAGCCAGAAAGGGGCAUCCUAGCAUGAGUCAGAAUGACACACUUUUAAUGCUACAGUCUGCUGUUGAAGAUUCUCUAGAAAGAUUCAUCCAUAUCAGAAAAAACUUAACCAGUCUACAGGCUUUAGAGGGCAUCAGAGAGCUUGAGAAUAUUGUUGGAGUUUCAGACAACUCUGGUAACAUAAAAGAAGAAGUGAGAAAAACUAGGAAGCUGAUAGAGAAAGCUAGACAACAAAAGCUGCUGAGAAAGAGCAACGUAAGAUUUCCGACCCAAGAUUAUCACAGACCACUUAACAGCUUUGCGUUCCUUAAAUCCAUCAUUGACUAAGGUCUUACUUGAAGAAUAUAUUCCGCUUGCUUGCUGGCUCUACAACUGCCUGAUGCUACUUAAAAGGUUAAAAAGAAACGCCUGUAAAUCUAUCUCUCCAGCAAAUACCAACUAAGGAUUGCUCAGUGCACUAGGCAGGUGCACAUCUAGAUACAGUUUCUAGCAUCUAAUUUAAACUUUACAAUCUGCACAAGCAGAUAAUCUCUAAGUAAAUAAUACACUUCGUGAUAGCUCUUUUAUGCAAAUGUGAAAAGGUCCAAGAUGUAUUAUUUCUGUGUAGUUCUAAACACUAUAUUUUCUCAACAUUAAUAAAAUACUAUUCUGAACUUUUUGUAAUGUUUGGGAAGAAGAGUUGCACUUAAUGGUGGGCACUGUUUCCCAGGACUUCAAACAAACUGAAUUUCACAGUGAUGAUAUGCCCCUUGCUUUCUCUGAAGUAGUGCCAGCUUUACCGUAAACAAUGACGACUGCUUGCCAAUUUGUGGCAUAUUGUUUAUGCAACGGCCUCUACGCCCAAAAGCAAAUUUGCCAUUUCUGUCAAUGCAGUCCUUUUGCUAGCAAAGACAUUGCCAAUGUAGCAUUUGCAAAUACCCUUUUAGUUAAUGUUCUGUUUUUUAAAAGUCCUCUGCUAGUGAAAAUAUAUUCUUUUUUCUACUUUGUGGUGCUUGAAUUCUUACUAUGAAAUGCCUUGAAAUUCAUUCCAAUAAAAACUACCAUUUGUGCGCAAUACUA